CUCUAAUACCCUGCCUCGUUCUCUGGCAAGUGGCCAUGAACAUCUCUGGGAACCUGAAGGGGUCCUGGCAAUCGGCCUCUUGACAGAUCACCAUGUACAUUGACCUCUAUCAGCCAUUAUGACUCCUUGAUCCCUCCCUCUUUGCGCAUAUCUUCGUGUCGCUAAUUGCAGCAGCGCUCCACGGGGCUCUUAUUCCACGUCGGAGUGGUCUUGGUCAACUGAAGGGUGAUGCGUCAAAGGUGUUUUCAUAAACCCAGCAGGCAGCCAUUCAGCUAUGGGUACCUGUGGCGCCUCACAACUAAUUGCUGUCGUACUGAUAUCGGAUGGGCUACGUUGGGUUCAUAACAGCACGGUACAUCUCGGCCAGGCUCUGCGCCUCCCCAAUGUAAAAUCGAGGCUCUCGCAAUGCUGUUCGCUUACACCACCCCGGCCUAUGUCGGUGCUGGAGGAGCUUGCUGUGAAGAUCCAACCGCUUGUUGAUGCCUCGGGCCACUAGAACUGCUGACGUUUGCUAGUAUUAGAGUGCCAUUUAGAUUGCC